UGCUUACAACAACUCUCAUCUUUAAAUCAAUCACUCUUCCUCAAACCCAUUUCAGAACCGAUUUAGAAUCAACUUUUCAGAGAGAUUUUUUUUUUCUCUGCAGCCUUGAUCGAUCUUUUCAAGAUGAAGAACAAUAACGGUAACACGAAGCUGAUCCUCCUCCACCCUUAUAUCCAGAAACAAGGAAGCUCCAGUCGUCUAUGGCUCCUAGCCUUUGUUUCCUUCUUCACGCUUGCUUUCUUACUCACCCUCAUCUACACAAGAGAAUCCACAUCGACCGCCGCCGCUGCUGCCACCGUUGCUUCCUCUAGCUUGGCCGGUGCUCCAUUGCCGACCACUGUCAUCAAUAUUCUCAUCCACUACGCCUCAAUAUCCAAUAACUCAUUCCACAUGUCCUACGCGGAGCUCAAGCAAAUCUCCGAUGUCCUCCGAAAGUGCUCGUCCCCAUGCAACUUCCUCGUAUUUGGCCUCACCCCGGAGACCCUUCUCUGGAAAGCACUCAACCACAACGGCCGAACCGUGUUCAUCGACGAGAACCGCUACUACGCCGCCUACAUGGAAGAGAAACACCCAGAGAUCGAUGCAUACGACGUGCAGUACACGACGAAACUGAGCGAGCUGCACGAGCUCCUAGCGUCUACAAAGAAACAGAUACGAAACGAGUGCCGGCCGGUGCAAAACCUAUUGUUUUCGGAGUGUAAGCUCGGCCUCAACGACCUUCCCAACCAUGUCUAUGAGGUGGACUGGGAUGUGAUACUGGUGGACGGGCCGCGAGGCGAAUGGCCGGACGCUCCGGGUCGCAUGUCUCCGAUAUUCACUGCCGGCGUGCUUGCGAGAAGCAAGAAGAUUGGUGUGAAUGCCAAGACCCAUGUGUUCGUGCAUGACUUCUACGGGGAAGCAGAGAGGGUUUGUGGUGAUGAAUUUUUGUGCAGAGAGAAUUUGAUGGAGGCGAGUGACACUCUUGGGCAUUAUGUCUUGGAGAGAAUGGACGCAAAUAGCUUCCAGUUCUGUCGCAACGAGACAUUACCGAAAGCUUCAUCUUCCUAGCCAGCAGUUUGUUUCAUGCAUGCAUCAUGGAUGCAUGCUUCAUCUUCUUCCUAGCUAUAUUCAUAACAGCUAGCAUUGUUCUGCUUGCAGGGAGUCAAUUGCAUAAAGUGCUAAAAGUACUGGCUAUUUAUCAUGAUCAUUUCAAAUUUUUUUUUUUUUUUCAAAUAUUGUUUCUUGGGCGGGGAAUAUUGUGAAAAAUAAUUUUUUUGCAUUGAAAAAGUUUAAUUUCAUGGAA